CAGCACGGCAGCGACUGCGGAUACGGAACAUGGGAGCGGAAAAGGGACCCGGACUCCGAGCAGGGACACGAGCCAGGAGAGCGGAAAUGAUCCAUCGACCCUCGUGCUGUCGUCCCAAAACGGCUCUGGCCCAAAAAAGGUUUCCUUUGCCGCAGCGCGGGCCCGACCACAAAAACGUUGAAAAUAUUUGUGUUUCCACUUAUUUGCAUUAAUGCCACGAACCGAUUUACUGUCUGUCCAUCUGUGGGAGGCCGGUUUGUGGGUUCAGGCCCUCGCCCAAAAAAACACACAGAACGCAGCCACCGAGUGCCGAACAUGGGGUCAGGCCAAUAAAUAAGUGUGACUUUCGCUGGCAUCGCGUCUCCUUUCAUUUAAACUUCUAUCUACCAUUUGGAUCGUGUUUUUAGAUUUUAUAAAAAAGUAGAGCCACACCCUUUUCGAAAAUCAAAACGUUGGCUAUGCAUGCGGCCCCAUCGAACUGAACCAAAAUUAAGUGUGAACAAACGCAGUAUGGCGAACUCGAGACCGUUGAAGACCAGCAACUGGCCCGGCAUCCUGGACUCCAAGCACGCGCUCAGGAAGUAUUGUGCUCCGCAUCCCAAAAUGACCCCGUUGAGGGCCGCUCUCCAGGACAGGCAGACCACCCUUGCCCCUCCAGGCUUCCUAGGAGCCGAGGCCAUGCAGCGACCUUGGAUGAAUGCAGCCUGGCAGCUGGCCAGAGAUCCCUCCAAUCUCUCGGACGUCCAUUACCCCAAGAAGAUCAAGGGAUUAAGGGACCGGGAACGAAAGAGGUUGGAGCGCAAGGUUUGGGCCAGGCCGGCGAGGAUCGACCUGGCUCAGCGGGCCGCGAGAUUAAGUUCGAGAAACCUGGAGAAGCCUGAGCGGCAGGAGAAGGUUGUGCCACCCCCAAAGGCCGUGAGCCGCGCUACUAACCAGCGGAAGAAGGUGAAGUCGCCGGCGCAGCACUCGCGGAAGCGACCAGCCCAAGCGAUCACCCACCUUCACGCACCGCGGCGCAAGGACAUCCUGAUCGUGGACGCCAAGAGGUCGCCUGGAGUGGAGCGGCAUGCCCACCUGGCUGGCGGAGCGGAGCAGCCCCAGAUGAACUCUGCACCUGGCAGGGAAAUGGACGGACAGCGUCCUCGGCUCAAGAUGAGCGGUAGGUCGAAGAAGUCCUACCAUGUGCCCUUGUGCAGUCGCCCCACCGAGCUCAUGGGCGUGGGCCUUCCCUACUCCCGCCAGGUGUGGAUGCGCCAGCAGAAGCUUUGCCAGCAGCCGGAGUACCACGACCAGUACAUGCGCAUGUUGUGCCAGCAGCAGCGCCACCAGCAGAUGUGCCAGCAGGAGCAGCUGCAGCAGGACUUCGCCCGGCAGCAGUCGGAGAUGGCCCAGCAUCCCUACUCCUCCCUCCUCCAGGACGCCAUGUCCGAGGAGCAGCGGCAGGCUCACGUGUACUCCGUGCCCUCCAAGUCGCCGCUCAAGCGCCUGAGGGACGGGAAGCGGCUGUGCGGCAACUUUUACUACAAUUAGAGCAGCAAAAUGAUCAAUAAACAAGUUCCAGAAGCCAAACUGUAAUAGGGCAUUUUAAGGGGCAUCGAACUUGGAAUUAAUAAAAUGCAGACUACCCUGCCCACGAAA